GAAAGGGGGCGGGUCUAACCUCAGCCAGCUUGGAGAGACGACUAGUAGACAUUAGUGACUUAGUGCUAGUUAGUCGUCAUAAUGGAGUCGUUGCGGGAAAGUGGUCGUCGUUCUCUGCCGCAGACUUGCUGCUUGUUGGUGCUUCUCCUCCAUUUGCAGGCGGCUUUGACGGGAGACUGUCCUGCUGAUGGACGCACCUGGGUGCCCUUCAAAGACAGAUGCUACCACUUCGUCCAUGGAGAAGAAGACAAACUCAAAGUCUACACUUUUGAGAAAGCGAGAAGCCUCUGCCAAAACCACGAGCUGCUGACCGUCCAGAGUGCUGAAGAGAAUGACUUUGUUGUCAAAUAUAGCCCAGAGGUGUGGAAAGGCCAAGUCAACGUUUGGCUGGGAAUGUAUUUUGAUACAAACAGUGAAAACAUGAAAUGGUUCGGCGAAGAUCUGGUGAGAUUCACAAACUGGGAAAGCGGAUCGUCUUUAUCCGACCUGGUGCCGCUGGAUAAAUGUGUGGCUCUGCACAGUGACACGGGGAAGUGGGAAACUGUCAGCUGCUCAGAUGACCUGGAGAAUGGAGUGAUAUGUGAGACGGCUCAGAAAGCAGAGGAAACCAAGCAGAGACCCAGCGCACUGCUGUCAGCACUGGUCAUUCUCAGCGUGAUCGCCAUUGUCGUCGUCUCCGCCGUCAUCUGGUUCCUGCACCAGAGGUACCAAAACCCGGGCUCCUCUGUAGUCACGGCCUUCGAGUACCACCCUCCGUUCAGAGUCCUGGACUCGGACCGGUCCUGCCUGGUGGAGGCCGAGGAGCUGGACAGCGGGCCAUAGGGGCGAGGCUCUCCUCAGGCUCCAUCCGUCCCACACAGUGGGUGACAAAGAGUGCCAAAUGUUUGACUCAGAAUGUCAGGUAAAUCAGUAUUUUCCAACAUUGUUCAAUGCAGUGUAGCCUAGCGUUGCUUCAUCAUCAGGAACUAAUCUCGGUCGAAUCACUCGUAUUACUCGGUAUAAACGCUUAGUGGUAGCAUUUUCAGCACGCGGCAUGAUAAAAACACCUGUGAUCAACUCUUAAAGGCCUACUGAAAGCCACUACUAGCGACCACGCAGUCUGAUAGUUUAUAUAUCAAUGAUGAAAUAUUAACAUUGCAACACAUGCCUAUACGACCUUUUUUAGUUUACUAAAUUGCAAUUUUAAAUUUCGCGCGGAAGUAUCAUGCUGAAACGCGUGCACGUGGCGUCACGGAUUGUAGAGGACAUUUUGUUCCAGCACCGUUCACAGCUAUUCAUCGCAUAAUUCCACAGUAUUAUAGACAUCUGUGUUGCUAAAUCUUUUACAAUUUGUUCAAUGAAAAAUGGAGACGUCAAAGAAGAAAGCUGUAGGUGGGAAGGGGUGAAGUGAAGUGAAUUAUAUUUAUAUAGUGCUUUUUCUCUAGUGACUCAAAGCGCUUUACAUAGUGAAACCGAAUAUCUAAGUUACAUUCAAACCAGUGUGGGUGGCACUGGGAGCAGGUGGGUAAAGUGUCUUGCCCACUGACACAAUGGCAAUGACUAGGAUGGCGGAAGCGGGAAUCAAACCUGCAACCCUCAAGUUGCUGGCACGGCCGCUCUACCAACCGAGCUAAACCGCCCCACGAUAUAGGGUGUAUUGCGGCCGCCUUUAGCAACACAAACACAGCCGGUGUUUCCUCGUUUGCAUUCCCAAAAGAUGACGGUGAAGCUUUACUAUGGAACAGAGCGGUCAAGCGAACAUGGUUCCCUGCCACAUAUCAACCGGCAGGUUUCGGUUAGAAAAUGGUGGUAAUAAGUCGGCUCUUACCGUAGACAUGAGCGGAGUGCUUGCGUCGUUCCUCCUGCGCCUGUCGAAGAGGCAGCUGCGGACUCUCUUGCCUCCUCCCACCGGCCGCCGGAUGCUUCCACCGUGGAGGAGGGGAAAAAGAAAAAAAAAUCUCAGCCCGGUCGCCUUCGCCUCGUCGAGAAACGUGGCUUCCUUCGGAGACACUGGCGGUCACCACACCCAUGGGCACACCCCUCCGACUUUCAGGUUGUGUAUUGCGGCCGCCUUUAGCAACACAAACACAGCAGGUGUUUCAUUGUUUGCAUUCCCGAAAGAUGACGGUGAAGCUUUACUUUGGAACAGAGCAGUCAAGCGAACAUGGUUCCCUACCACAUGUCAACCGGCAGGUUUCGGCUAGAAAAUGGUGGUAAUAAGUCGGCUCUUACUGUAGACAUGAGCGGAGUGCUUGCGUCGUUCCUCCUACGCCUGUCAAAAAGGCAGCUGCGGACUCUCUUGCCUCCUCCCACCGGCCGCCGGAUGCUUCCACGGUGGAGGAGAAGGAAAAAAAAUUAUCUUAGCCCGGUCGCCUUCGCCUCGUCGAGAAACGUGGCUUCCUUCGGAGACACUGGCAGUCACCACACCCAUGGGCACACCCCUCCGACUUUCAGGUUGUGUAUUGCGGCCGCCUUUAGCAACACAAACACAGUCCUUGUUUACAUUCCGGAAAGAUGACAGUGAAGCUUUACUAUGGAACAGAGCGGUCAAGCGAACAUGGUUCCCUACCGCAUGUCAACCGGCAGGUUUCGGCUAGAAAAUGGUGGUAAUAAGUCUGCUCUUACCGUAGACAUGAAAGGAGUGCUUGCGUCGUUCCUUCUGCGCCUGUCAAAGAGGCAGCUGCGGACUCUCUUGCCUCCUCCCACCGGCCGCCGGAUGCUUCCACCGUAGAGGAGGGGGGGAAAAAAAAAAUCUUGUUGAGAAACGUGGCUUAAUUCGGAGACACUGGCGGUCACCACACCCAUGGGCACACCGCUCCGACUUUCAGGUUGUGUAUUGCGGCUGCCUUUAGCAACACAAACACAGCCGGUGUUUCCUUGUUUACAUUCCCGAAAGAUGACAGUGAAGCUUUACUAUGGAACAGAGCGGUCAAGCGAACACGGUUGGAUUGGACCACACACACAAAGUACAGUGUUUUACGCAGCGAUCAUUUCGAAAGAUUGUGUUUCGAAGAGGGUCCCUUGCGAAGAGGAGAGAUGGGCAUCGCCACCACCCGUCGACUGGUGCUGCAGAAAGGUGUGGGGCCGACCUUCAGGUUGUACAGGUACCACCAUAUAAUCUCACUAAAACACUAGUAACACAAUAAGCAGAUAAGGGAUUUUCCAGAAUUAUCCUAGUAAUUAUCGCUGUGCCGUCUAGUUUUUUUUUUUUCUUUCUCUGGUCCUUCACUCUCACUUUCCUCAUCCACGAAUAUUUCAUCCUUGCUUAAAUUAAUGGGGAAAUCGUCGCUUUCUCGGUCCGAAUCGCUCUCGCUGCUGGUGGCCAUGAUUGUAAAUAAUGUUCAGAUGUGAGGAGCUCCACAACCCGUGACGUCACGCACACAUCGUCUGCUACUUCCGGUACAAGCAAGGCUUUUUUAUUAGCGACCAAAAGUUGCGAAAUUUUUAAACGUUGCCGUCUCUAAGCUUCUGUUACACUACAACCUUUCAUCUCAACUAGUCAUUUAAGCCAUGGUAACAAUUACUAAAUGAUCACAUCACGUUACGUUUUCUGAGUUUUUUCCAAGAGCACACAACUUGACAUUUUGAACAAAAAGUGUAAAUAGUGCCGCUAAAUGGAUAAUGACUUUAGCUCAGAUUAGAGUCCAGUUGCGAUUGAUUUAAUCCUCUAAGAAUACAAUGAAUGAUUAUUCUCACACUUAACAAUUAGGCCGCAUUCCUUUUAUUUCUUUUAGAGACCAACACAAACCGUUGCUGAAUACUUUCACUUGUAAUAUUUUGCACAAUAAUCAAACUGUCUUCCAGUGGUUAUUUUCUUCUCUUCAAAUCGAAACGUGUAUUUAAUGUCAUUAAAAAAAAGAUUGGCAUCGUCUAUAUUAUAGAACAGGGGUCACCAACCUUUACCACUCAAAGAGCCAAUUUGACCUGUUUCACAAAAUUAAGAAAACAAUGGGAACCACAAAACUUUAAAAUGAAAAUAACACUGCACAUAUUGUUUUUUUUUUGCUUUGUGCUACGUAUAAAUCAGAGUCUCAGACACGCUGCCCGCAUCUUAAAAUGAAGAUUUAAUGUUAGUGCGGCCCGUGACAUUUAUAUGGAUGCCGCUUGCAACCCUCCCACAAUUUCCGGGGGACUCUUGAAUUUCAGAGCAACUAUCCCCUGGAAUGUCUGAUGAAUUCUGCUCAAACAACAAAGUUAGGGCGUGCUAUGAUGGUGCAACAUUUAGCACCCUCUACUACUUUAGCAAACAACUUGUCAACCCAAUCACAUGUUGUAUGUGGCUUCUGCAGACACACACUAGCGACUGCAAGGCAUACUUGUUCAACAGCCAUACAGGUCACACUGAGGGUGGCCGUAUAAACAACUUUAACACAUUUACUAAUAUGCACCACCACACUGUGAACCCACACCAAACAAGAAUGACAAACACAUUUCGAGAAAACAUCCUCACCGUAACACAACAGAACAAAUACCCACAAUCCCCUGCAUCCCUAACUCUUCCGGGCUACAUUAUACACCCCCGCUACCACCACGUGAAGUGAAGUGAAUUAUAUUUAUAGAGCGCUUUUUCUUCAAGUGACUCAAAGCGCUUUACAUAGUGAAACCCAAUAUCUAAAUUACAUUUAAACCAGUGUGGGUGGCACUGGGAGCAGGCGGGUAAAGUGUCUUGCCCAAGGACACAGCGGCAUUGACUAGAAUGGCGGAAGCGGGGAUCGAACCUGCAACCCUCAAGUUGCUGACACGGCCGCUCUACCAACCGAGCUAUACCAACCCCCCCCUCCGUGCGUCGGUUGAGGUGGGGGUGUACAAUGUAGCCCGGAAGGGUUAAGGACGCAUGGGAUUCUGGGUAUUUGUUCUGUUGUGUUUAUGUUGUGUUACAGUGCGGAUGUUCUCCCGAAAUGUGUUAUGUGUGGGUUCACAGUGUGGUGCAUGUUAGUAAGAGUGUUAAAGUUGUUUACAUCACAACCUUCAGUGUAACCUGUAUGGCUGUUGAGCAAGUAUGCCUUGUAGUCACCUAGGUGUGACAACUAAAGUCACGCACUACAUGUGACCGACAGGUACGCAGGUAGAAUGGUGUAAAUGCGGACGUUACGUCGUAUUCCAGAGUGCAUCAAAGGCUUUGCCAUGACGGCACGCCCUCUAUAUUGGUGUCGUCGAUAUUGUUGUCCGGGUAAAAAUCGGAGAAUACUUAACCCCGGGAGAUCACUGGAAGAGGCACUGAAAUCCUGAAACCUUCCGGAAAAAAUGGGGGUGUCUGCAAUUAAUCAGCUGAGCCACAUCAGAGUGAUCAAAGAGCCGCAAGAGGGUUGCCGACCCCUGUUAUAGAAGAUACAGUAUCCAUUAUAGCAGAGAAAUCAAAGCCAGAACUGAAGAGGAGAAAAGUGUUACUUGAUCAGAAUGUUUUAUACUAAGGCCUGGUGCAAGCUUCUAGCACAAUCUGAGCCCUGCGUCUUCAUAAUAAAGUUACUCUAAGAAA